CAAACCCUCAUGACCGGGACCGCCGGGACGUUUAAACAGUUCAAACGGCCUGUACUCGCCCUUAUCUGAUUCCGUGUGCUCGUCGCCGUUUCAAAUUUCGGCUGCGCGUGGGAGUUUUCUUGAACCAUACUUUUUUCGUGCGAGGAUACCGCACAGCCGCCAAGAUUGAGGAACUAGAAGCAGCGGCGCAGCGGUCCUUGCAGAGUCUCUUCACUCGUGUGAAGGUGCGCCAGAAGACGCCUAACAAGAUGCCGCCGUCGUCUCCACGGUUUGCAAAACGCAAGAUACAGGACGUGGCCACAUCAGAAGCUUCCGCUUGUUCCGACAGCAGUACUGUCUUCAAGAAGAUCUGUGCAGUAGACCUGGGAGAGAGCCUGGAAACUGAUAAGGAUAAAGAGAACGACGUGCCCAUGCCUUCAGUUGAACAGAUGCCACGAGGUGAACACCCAAAAGCAGAGCUCCCUAAGGUGGCUGCCCUGGUGGAAGCAAAAGGACACACAUCCAAUGGCACUGGCACUGACCAAUCAGUUGUGACAAUGUCAGUGGCGGCAAGGGCUGCCCUAUUCGAGAGUGCGAUCUCCAAGUCUGGGGGCAACAGUGGCCGGGGCACCCUUCCUCUCAAGAGGCCAAUUUCGAGACCCCCUCUCAAGCAGUCCUUCUCCACACUGAACGUGGGACGCUCACACUCUACAAGAACUGAUGGUCCUCGCCUGAAUGCUGCCGCCAAGUUGUCUGCCCACUCAGCAGAGGAGCUGAGUGCAGCAGUGACUCCACCACCACCUGAGAACAGAGGAAAAUCAUUUGCUAGACCUAGCACUCCCAAGAAGCCUGAAUUGCCAGGUCUUGCUAUUAUCAAGGAACCUGAAAGCGAAACUGCUGCUGCAAAAACAGACACAAAAGAAAGUGGCGUGCCUGUGAAUACCGACAAUGUUGAAACACUUCCUGAUGCUCCUGUGGGACCUCUAUCUGGUGGUGACUGUGAGGAUGAUGAUGAUUCUGUUUUUGAAAAUGGCUCACUUUCCCUUUCGCACGAGGAAGCUGACGUCACACACGAGGCAAAUGAGGUUGCUGGAAUGCAUGAGCAGUGUACUGAUGAAGGCACCUUUCAAGGCACAGUGGUCCCCUCCGAGAUUGAUCAAGCUGCUCAGGCUGCUACUACUGUAAACGACGGCAAGCCAGAAGGUGUCGGAGAAGAUGUUGGGAAACCUGCAAAGUCUAAUACAGCAACGCCAUUAGAAACUGAAAAUUCUCUUCCAUCAGCCACACAAUUGGAAACUGAAACAUUGUCUCCAACUCCGGCACUUGACACGACACAUGGCGAGACGACUGGUGCUUCACACCCUUCACAAUAUGGUGCGGAAGCUUUGCCAAGCGCACAAGACACCGUAUGCGACACAGUUAAGGACAUAAGUGAAGUCCAGCGCUGCAGCGAGAGCAGAGACUGUCUGAUGACCACCGAGGAAGCUGCAGUGUUUGAUGAAAUCGACGACAUCUUGAAUGAUGCCAUGGACAGUGAGUGCAGCGAGACAAGUUACAGCUUGGUGCAGCCUGUGCAGCUGCAGCCACCUUUGACUCCACCUCGAAAUUCACAUGUAGUCGAGUGCCAGCAGCCCUCAAGUCAUCUGAUGUCAACACCAAAACCUGCUAGUCCAAAGUCUUCCACAGGCCAGCACACAGCCGGGCUUCCACGCACAAUCAGCUCCUUCCGCAAGCAGCAACGUGAUGCCACGCCUCAGCACUCCUCUUUUUCCACACCGUCAAAGACUUCAAAAGAAAUUGUUGCGGGAGAAGAGGAGCAGUUGUCCCUGGAUGACAAACUAAAGGCCUUACAGGAUUGUAUUCUGGCCCAGCAAACAGUCAUAAGCCAGGCCACCCAGGCAUUGAACCUCUGCCAAGCGUCGGCAGAGUUCCUUGGCUCUUCUGAGCAGGUUGAAGGAGAGAAACUGCUGCUCAUUGCAACCCAGAAGCGACUGGCCUACAUCAACGAAAUCCAGCGGCUCAAGGUUGGAGGCGACAACCCGGCAAGCGAGCUUCCCAGGGGGUCCGUGGUGAUCAAGAAGAUUCGGUUUCCCAUCAACAAGGAUGCCCUAAAGUCUUCUAGUGGCUUUCUGUACCACUUCCUCUGCAUGGUUCAAUGCCGUGGAAAGGUAAAUGCAUCUCAGCUCAUCUCGAGUGACGCCUUGCUGAGCAGUCAGCAGAGCUGUCUGGAGUUUGACAACGUGAUUGAAUAUACCAACGUGGAUGAGGACUUCCAAGUGCAGAUCGACUUGUAUGGACUCAAAACUGUCUCUCCUGUUGUACCUCAUGACAAGAAGUACCACAUAAAAAAGGAAACAAUUAGGAUGAAGCUGUCGUCUCGGGGCAAAAAGACUGACAGCAUAUUUAUGACUCCAGGAAUUUCCAGUCCAGGUGGUCCCAAUGCUGUGCGUACCUCAUCCUUCCAGAGCCUUGGUUCUUUCGUUCUGAGCACGUCAAACUGUCACCAGAGCGUCUUUGCAUUGUCCAAGGUCCCGGGCUCUUUCUUCAUAGAAGGCAAGGCAUUCGUGGAUUUACACCUGCAUGCUGACCAUGGAUUGGAACACCGGGGCUUCCUGACCUUGUUUGAGGAAGUGGGUGGCUUCGGUGCUUGGACACGGCUGUGGUGCAUGCUCAGGGGAAGCCACCUGGUGCUCUGGAGGUACCCCGAGGAUGAAGACAGCAAGCCCCCCAUUGACUCGAUAGACCUGCGGCAGUGCAUCACCAAGGAGGUGUCACGCCUGCCCCGGACUGAGUGCGCCCGGGCCCACACCUUCGAGCUGGUUGUUGUGGAGCCCCUCAGUAACAGGCACCGUGACACCCUGACCACCACCCGGCAUGCCACAGUGGCACUCACGAGGCACCGGCUGUCUGCAGACAGCAAAGAUGAUCUGAAUGCUUGGUGUACAGCCUUCAACCGAGUGCUGAGCUGCAUUCGUAAAUGGGACCCUGAAGCGUACAAAGCCAUGGAUGUCAAGCAGUUCGUGUGACUUCUAUAUUCUUCCAGCAUCAGCUUACACAGCUCGUGGUACUACUCCGGAUGCGCAUAUGCAAUAAUGCCUCAACUGAGUUCUUUUUUUUCUGUUGUGUGUGCUGUAUUCAGCGCUUCUGUACAUAUCCCAGUAACUUUCUUGUCAAGCUAUUCACUAGCAAUGUUUUAGUGCUUGUACAGUUAGCCAAAUUCUUCUCGCUUUUCCAUAGAUAUGUAGCAAUAAGAUAACUUUUAUAUAAUUGAGUGGCUUUUCUUUACAUCGUGUUAUCACGUAGUCAUAUACUAUUGUAGGCCUGCAGGAGGACUGUGUUAGUACUGUAGCUGCAACAAAAUAGCUUACCACAUCAUUUUGUGGGUUAAGAUUAUUGCAUCAUGCAUGGCAAAGUGACUUAAGUACUGAGUGGGCGAGAAUGGACCUUUAAUUUUGGACAGAAUCAUAUGUGGAAAAUGAAAGGCUAUGGUAACUAACCACCUGUCUGAAACCAGUUACAGGAUCGUUGCUCAAACAUAACUGUGCUGAAAAUCUACUUCCUUGAUCAAGUGCCAAACUGAAGGACCAAUUAAAGCAAGCAUUUGUCUUUUGUCA